GCGACGUUUCAGAGCAGGACAUCACGAACCGCACGGACCGCUGCUGCGAGAGCACAGCAGAACGAAACAUUUGGUGUGAGGUUCCAGCAAGAAGAUCACCCUGGUGAUGAAACCACAACAGAUCAAGACCAUCACCUAUCAGCCAUCAGCCAGAAGGGACCACACAGAGCACUGAUAUCUGGAGCAGACAGAAUAAAACAGAAGGAAUCUUCUUACUGUGCUGGUUCAGAGAUCCAGAUCCAGAAGCCUUCUGGACCUAGAUUCGCCACCUCUCUCUUUUUAACACUUUCCAAGAGUCUAAGCCUUGACAAACAAGAACUAAAACUCAAACUGAAGUCUGACUACUGUCCUCACAGUUCGACUGAACCAUGGAGAGCUGAGACUGGGGACAGCUACUGUCAGUUUAACAGACGAACAUCACCAUCAGAAACCCCCACAGAGACGGACAGUGACUGCCUGUUACCAGAGACAGUACCAUUUCCAGCCUCGAGGGAAGAAGUUAUCAUAGUUGUUUGCAAUGAACUGGAGACUAACAGGAACUUGAGUGUAAAUCAUCAUUUGUCACAUGGUGACUUGGGACCACAUGAGCAUAAUGGCUUGCACGUAUUUCUAUGUGGGGCACAACCAAAAAGGACUAGCUCUGGAUCAGAAGAGCUAGAGGAAGAUAUAAAGGACCAUACACCAUACCAAAAGAAUUGUGAGGAAUUGUCCAACCCUGCUGUAACCAUGCUGUCUUCCACAGUAGUCACGGUUCUUGCUCCACACUGGAGUGGCCGACUACGACGGACCAAAAGAUUUGAGGGAACUGGAAAUUCAGAAGUCCAAGGCAGUUUACAAGAUGUGACAAACACUGUGGCAAACCAUGCACAUGGAUGCUUUCAGGAGACUCAGUACCAACAUGGUGUGGAGAGUGUGUUGACAGAUGAAUUGCAGGCCCAACUGAGAGUCCCAUUUCUGGGUACCAGGAGGAAUACAGUGGACCAGUCAACUGAGAGUGGUCCUGCAAGACUGGAGUAUGACUCUAAGAGGAAAAUUAUUCAGACUGUCUCUCUGGAUGUAAACUCUGGGCAAAUGGACAACAGGAAACUAGAUGCAGGUGCUAUAAGCCCUCUAGUCACAACUGCAUCUCCACUAUCUCCCCUGUGCUGUAGCCCAAAUGAACAAAGGAGACAUCCACAAACUGGCCAUCAAGGAGCAGUCUCAGCUUUAAGCUCCAAACCACCAACUAGCAGUCUGCUUCUGUCUUUAAGAAGAAUCAACUCCAGUGGCCGGAGCUCUAAUGCAGCCUCCACCUUCUCUGAGGAAAACCCUUUGACAAGUGAUCUUGAAGGAAACCUGAUAGCGACAAACCUCUGUCAAACCUUUCUCAACAAUAAUGAGCAAGAGAGGCCAAAGUCCUGUCUCCCUCCAUCGUCCAUUUCUUAUAGGACAACUCGAACCCGGUCUGUCCUUUCUCAGUCAUCCUCCAACCACAGAGACGGGAACAUAUCUGAAUCACACAUCUUUUCAACUGCACCUAUAAAAAGGGACACAGAAGAGACAUCCUUUACCCAACAACCCCAAACAGGUUCCAAACUGGCAUUUCUGAGUAGAGGAACAACAGAGAGGCAACAGAACUGCAGGGGUUCAGAUAAAAAUACAAACCUAUCCCCAAAGAGCUUAGUCUCCUCACCAAGACAUUUCCCAUAUGAUCCUUCUGCCCUCCUAAAAACCCGCUCCCUUCCUAGAGGGACCACCCUGACAUCCACUUCCUGGUGGAAACAAGUUACCCCAGAAGACAGUUCCCCUCUAACCGCCAAUGAUCCAACCAACAUCAAAGACCAGCUGGACACACCUUGCAAUGAUAAUAGUGGCUUGGUUUCACCAGGUCCAACUGACAACAAAAGAUUCAGUAGUCAAAUCCCCAAUAACAGAGACAACAAUAACACAGCAGAGUCAGUUUGCAAAGGUAACAUGAACAUUGUUAUGAAGAUUCAGAGAGGAACUCCCAACCUCAAAGAAAGAAAUUCUGAAGAUUCACCUGACCACAAAUCAGACAGGCUUUCCAAACAGCAAUACCGUUCCAAUUUUAACAUCCAAGAACCACAAAAGCCUUAUCAUGUGCCUGAUGGUUCGUCUUUGUCUAAAAUUACCAGAGCUACACCACAAACAGCACUGAGUCAUCUUAAAGAUCUCAGCAAGCGUGAUGUAAGUAAUAGUUCAUUUACAGACAAUGUCACUGUAUCACCACCUACUUUGCUUAAUCCAAAGAGCUCAAAUACACCCACUGAGAGCAGCAGAAAAUACAAUAAAAAUCACUGCUCAUCCAAAACCAACAGCACCUUUGCAUCUCCCCAUAACAAGGAAAAGUUUGCCAAACACUCUCUUUCUCUUGCUACGACCAUCACUCACAACAGUAAAGGUCUUACUUCUAAAGCUACUUCUGGUCUCCCCCCAACCCCAAACACUAAUACUAGUUUCUCCUUCCAUUUUCAUCCAGUUUCUUCUCAGGCCAGUACUUCUGCACACACUGGCUCUUCUCCCCAAACACCCAAAUUCACCAGCACAACCACACCUCUUGGCUUUGAAAGAAGCUACGGCUCCAUUCCCAAACCUUUCCAGUCUAAAACAGUGUCCAGCCUGAUCCCCACAGUCAGUGCUUUGUCUAAAACAAAGUAUAGCCAUUUAUCCACUGCAUCCAUUACCUCUUCAACCACAUCUGACCCCAGCCCAUCACUUCUUACUCCUCCUACUACUUCUGCCAUUGCAUCUUCUCCCACCACUACCACCCUCCCAUCUCUGCUAACCCCCCCUCCAACCCCAAUCAUUACUAGCCCCAUCUACUCAAAAACUCCCAUCCCUAAGGAAGGGAGGACAUUCUCAGGCAGCCCAGAAAGAGACCUAAAGACACCGCGCCCCCGGGUAGAGGGAAAGAGAGUGAGACGAGUAACGUGGGAGGACUCGGUGGACCUGCAGCGUUCAGAGCCUGUCACAGUGGAGAACCCACAUCUGUCUGGAGCCCCAACUACUCCUCUAUCUCCUUCCAGGUCUCCCAGAUGUGUUAGAGCUCCCUUCAUUUUCUCCUUUCUAAGAUCAAACAGUCCAACCACUAAUACAUCUCUGUGCUCCCCUAACCCCAAAACCUCCAGGAUAGAGAUAGGGAAAGGAGGGAAAUAUCGUUCCCUGUCAUCUGACUCUGCUGAUUUAACAUCCAGAGAGCAAGAGAGUUCCAGUCAAAGACUGUGUGACACUACAAUCUCUGACCAGGGAAAACAUGACCUAACCACACCCAGGCAGGAGAGGACACUAUCAGUGGAGUCUGGCACAGUCCAGUGCAGUUCCUCUGCUCUUCUGUCCUUCCCUCCUGACUUUUCAAGUGCUUAUAAACUUCGUUAUAGCUCCACACCCUACUCCACUCUUAUGUCUAGCAGGUCAACACAGGGAGAAUCUAAGACUUUAACACCCAGAUCACCCCUCUUCCAACAAGCCUCUCAAUCAAUUUAUAGUCCACUUCUUUCCUUACAUACUGAUCCAGGUGCAGCCAUGACCAUACCAACUUUCAAACCUCCUCUGUCACCUAUCAGCCCACCCCAGAUCUUAUCUUUGCCUUUCCAAAACAAAGCUGCCACACAAGACAGUUCAAAGUGUGGGGUUUCAGAAACUGAUCAAGUCAACAAUAAUCAUGGCAAGAAUAUCAGCCAAGAUCACCAGAAUAGCCAAAUAUUACUUGUCAACAACAGAUUUCAUGUCAGCUCACAGUGUUUGCAGAGUGAUAAGCCACACAGCUCCUCUUCAACAUGUGUAACUGAGACACUGGUUUACAGCAUUAAAUCAAAAGUAGAUACAGCUACAGCUUCCCCAAAGAACACCAUAUCUAAACCUUUGCAACAUAUUGCAAACACAGUGGUUUCUUUGGAGACCAAGUUAAGUCAACAGCCACACACAAUGCAGAGUAAGGGAGCGUCAGGUGAACCAUGUAGUCAGUCGGAUCAGAGCUCCAGUGGUGGCAGCUCAGCAGAGAGUCAGUCCCAGGAUGACGAAGGCUGCAACAGAAGAACGAAGGAGAAUGUACUGGGUAAAGGCAGAUUCUUCUCAGUGGAGAGCAGCAGUGAACAAAGCCCAAAGAGAAGCCGGUUUGCACUGAAGAGAAGUGUCAGCACACCAAACUCCACUUUGCCAAGGUCAGAGUCAGAGAGGGCCAACAAGACCAACAACAAAAUGGACCAGGUCCUCAACAGACUGAAACAAACAUUCAGCACUAGACGGUCUGAUGACGAUCUGUCAUUUCCAUGGAAAUGGAAACGGUCCUCCCAAACACCUUCAGUGAGUGACAGUGAAAUCAAUGCUGAUGGAAGCAAAACACUAGAAGAGCGAGAGAAAAAGGGGGAAAUGGUGUUGAAGAAAAAUGAAAGACUAACGGAGGGUACAAACAGAUACACUAUUAUACCACCCUCAGCUGUUGGUAGCACAAUGGCAGGAGAUCAAUUCUCCAUUUGGUCAGACAAAUCAACUCCAGAAACUGAACAAAAUGAGUGGGAGACUUGUGCAGGACACAAGUCUGCAAGUAAAACACAAGUUCAUCUAACAGCCCACAGCCCAACAACCUACCAGUUUGACUUUUACAACAACAACAGGACAGAUUAUAUGCCCACAAACCAGUUCCCCUCAUGUAGAGAUCCCAGUCCUGGUAGGAGCCCUAACCCAUCUGGUGGUUAUCCUACUCAGUUCAGGAAAUCCGCAUCCAGUCCCAGGAGCCCCUUCUCCCCCUUCUCCUCUCUUUCCCCACUCUCCCCAUAUUCCCCACCUGACGUAACAGAUGACAGUGUCUUCUACAGCCCAAAGCUGCAGCAUCGCAGAGAAUCCUUCUCACCAUGCGAGCCAGGAGAGGGAAUCAGCCUGGGGGGUUCAAGACGAAGCCGGGUGUCCACAGGUCCUCCAAGUGCAGGUCCAGGACCGGACAAUGAGCGUUUGACAUCCUCAUAUGCAGACUUAAAGUAUGGCAUUGAGCCUGGAAGGUCAUUUUCUGUGAGCUCUGUACUUUCCAGUCGACCCUCAGGGCCUGGACGCAUCUCUACUGGAUCCAGAUUCAAGAGUGUAGGUGACCUUUCUGAAUCUUCCUUGGCUUGUGGAGGCACUGACAAAGACAGGGAUCAGUGGUCUUUCACAGCUGAUUGGACCACAUUGGAACAUGAAGGCCAGCCUCCAAAUAACUGUAGUAUGCCAUAUUUCCCCAGUGACCCUGGUAAAAUGAGAUCAAGAUCUCUUCCUCGAUCACUAACCAGGCGCUUGGCAAACUGGAGCUCAGGAGUCUCAGUUUCUCAAACUUUAACCACCAAAGCCUCAAAGCCAGUCCACCUGCGGAGCUCUAACACUUGUCACUUUGGAUGGGAUACAGAGGGCCCCCCAACACCACCUCCAACACCUCCCCUAUCACCACUCUCUAGAUGCAUGUCUAAAUCCUCCAGCCUUUCCUCCCCUACAUUUCCCAGCUCACCAGGAGUACCACAGUCAGUGGACAGCCAGUCCUCCAGAGGGCAUUUGCCCUCUAGAGGUUACAUCUCCAGCCUUAGCACCUUUGAGGAGUCUUCUGACAGCAGCUCAGACACAACAACAGAUGAUGAAUAUUACUUAGAAACAGGUGAAGGUGAAGAGAAGGAGACAGAAUUGUGAAAGCAGAACAAAAGCUGUUUUAAGUCAUUCAUUCUCUUGGGUCUCUGUGAUCCUGGACUUAAAGAUUUAGAAAGAGGAGAGAGAUCCACUGUCAUCUGUCAUGUACAGUGACCUGCUGUGGUUAUUUACUGAGGUCAAUGGGUUGCCUGCAUGAUUUGCUUUUCAGAAGUGAUCGUUGUCGUCAUGUUAAAUGAGCAAGCAUGAUAUUGUCAGCAUAGGUUUAAAGGUGUUUUAAUGUACAGUGUGCUGUAUAUAACUGUGGAUCUGCAGUGUAGGGAUAAGAAAUAAUAAUUAACCAUUUACAGUUCUGACAGUUGCAUGGGAUUAGGGAGAGAUGUACGUCUGUGUAGGUCAAGCAAUCAAUAAUCUAAUGUGUAAGGUUAGGCUCUUAUCUUUAGGUUUUCAUUUCAUUCUGCUACUUAACAGAGGUAAUAUGGAUAAAUGUGCUAUCAUGAUAUUUCAUCAUCUGUCUUCUAUGUUUAAAGAUUAAAAUUAAUUGUGGUAAAUGUUGUCAGCAUGAUGCAAAUACAGUUUAUUUUCUUAGUGACCUUUUUAAACAGUGUUGCUUUGAAAAAGUUUUGUAGUCUGGGAUGAGAUACAAUCACAUUAUUAUUAACAUUUGUUAUCAGACAUUAUAAAGUGCUCUGUACAGUGCCUGUGCUUAUUUGGACAGUGACAAUCUAAAGUCUCAAUAAAUCUAUUUUAUAAAUAAAUAUAAUAUUUCCAA